AUGGAGGAGAGAGUCAAAGACGAGACCGAGUCUGCCCACUCUGAAACACAGAUUACGGCAGCCGACGACUCUCCAAGACAAGCCGAGUCAGCCAACGAGCUCCCUGGACUGAGUAUUCACUAUCAGUGGACGUGCCAGGAAGAAAAUCGUCUUUGGGACUUACGCGAAGAGAAUGCUCAGCUUACAUGGGAGGAGUUUUGCGCGUUAUACUAUUUUCCAAACAGAACCCGAGUUUCCCUUAAGCGCAAGUACUCGAAAUUGAAACGGGAGAGGCCGGGGGGAUCGAAGCUUACCUCAGGCGUUAAACGAAGCCGAGCAGACUCCCAACCCAGAAGAGAACGAAAGCGGCAAAAGGAUGUAUCUCCUGAUGAGCUUCGCACUUCGGACUUCAUUGUUACGGAUUCCGGGGCGGCCACUGAUGGAAUCGACGACAUUAGGGAGGAUGACGAGGAUGACGGGACAGAGCCUCAACAUGUGCACAACCCAACCCCGUCCCCAGUUUCUCACAACACACGAAUCCUCCGCGAAUUAGCUACGAAUCACCCGGCAUCCUCGUCAGACGACACGCCCAUGGCGAGUCCUACAACUACGGCAGCGGAAGCGGCCGCCGCCCUCAAAAAAAAGCUUGAGCAAUCCGAGGCAGACCAAGAAAAGCUUGAAGUACAACUCGCCGCCCAGGCUGAGAGGAUUCAAGCCCUCGAAGGUGCAGCUGAGAACAAUCAGCGGCUAAAGGCCGAUAUCGAGAGAUUGGAACGAGCGCUUGGUAACUCCACGAAACAGCAGCAGGCUCAGCAUCACUCCUUCCUUCAAUCAGUCUCAUACCUGAAAUCUUCGAAUUAUUUGCCAGGAGUCAUGUUCCAGAGGCUCAAAACCGAGAUUACAAACAACAACAACGAGGUAAUGCGCAGAAUUGGCUUUCUCGGGGAUAGACUCAAUCAACAUGAGAAACAGCACGAAGAACAGAGUCAGCCUUCCGUAUCACAAAGUGACCUGUGA